CUUUAAACAUAUCAUUUAUCAUGAAACAAAUUAAUAUGGAUGUACGUGAUGUACCUAGUCAAGAUAAUGGUCAUUUUCCGGGUUUUAAAGAAAAGGAUGUACUAUCAUGUUCGAAAUCUUUAAAUCCAACACACAGCCUUGGUCCAGAUGGUGUACCAGGCAUUCUUCAAAAGUGUGCAGACAUCUUGUGUCAUCCUCUUACUCAUUUCUUUAAUGCAUCAUUCAACAAGGAAACAGUACCUGCUGACUGGAAAGAAAUCAAAGUUGUGCCCGUACAGAAAUCAUCUUCUGGAGCAGGUAUAAAGUUAAGACCGGUCGCUAUAACAUCUCCUUUUUGAAAACUAUGCAGAAACGUCUUUUGAACAUUCUUAAACCUUCUUUAAAAGCUUUUAUUGAUCCUAAGAAGUUUGUUUAUAAGUGUGGAAGAAGUACAUUAGAUGCAGCCGUUGUACUACACCACAAUAUUGUUUCCUGCCUUGAUAAGGGUGCUAAGUUCGUUCGAACAGCUUUUUUAGACUAUACUGCAGCUUUCGACUCUGUUCCUAGGACACUUUCAUCGGGAAAGAUGAUUUCAGCACAAACAGAGUCCUGGGCAACUAGAUGCCUGUCUUAUUUUAAGGAUAGGAAACAGCACACUGUUCUGGCUGGAAAGCGCUCCACUUCUCAACUAACUGAAAGUGGUGUGCCUCAAGGUGCAGUACUUUCUCCAUUUCUUUUCUAUUUCUUUUUCCAUGACCUUCCGAACUCACCCAAAGUUAACUUCAUUAAGUAUGCUGAUGCUCUGUCCGUUUCUGUUUCACAGUAGUUUCCACAUCGGAUUGUUCCCAUAUGAAUGGCUUCUUAGCUGAAGUUAAGGAUUAGUCUGGCUCAAAUUGUCUUAAACUAAAUCCAACUAAAUGUAAUACUGUUGAUUUCAGCUUGAGAAGUGAAAAAGACAUGCAAGGAUUGAUCCAAUCUCAUGAUUGUUAUAAUAUUGAUGGUAACAUGACAGAGAGUAAGUCAA